CAGUCGUCGAGAAGUGAGGCAGGAAGCCGAGAAGCUCGUCCGACGCAACCCCCACAGGCUCCACGACUCGCUCCACGAGCCCCGCGGCGAUCCCUCCGUGGGCCCUCUUCAGCUGCGUAACAGGUUCCUUGGUGUUCAGCGAAGAAGGUGCGAUGCCCGUCAAGGAGUCUACUCGCUCCUCUCGCCGGGUGGCUCGGCGCAUGGCCAAGCCAAACCCUGGUGCCAGCACUAGCAGGAUGACCAGCCAAGACCCUGCUGCCGGCCCUAGCAAGAUGGCCAGCGAAGACCCUGCUGCCGGAUCUAGCAAGAUGGGCGACCAAGACCGUGGUGCUGGCCCUAGGAAGAUGUCUAGCCAAGACCCUGAUGCUGGCCCUAGGAAGAUGUCCAGCCAAGACCAUGCUGCCGGAUCUAGCAAGAUGGGCGACCAAGACCCUGAUGCUGGCCCUAGGAAGAUGUCUAGCCAAGACCCUGAUGCUGGCCCUAGGAAGAUGUCCAGCCAAGACCAUGCUGCCGGAUCUAGCAAGAUGGGUGACCAAGACUCUGGUGCCGACUCAACCCAGGUGGAUGAGCAAGCUCCUGGUGCUGGCCCUAGCAUGAUGGGUGACGAAGGCCCUGGUGCAGGCCCCAGCAAGAUGGGCGACCAAGACUCGGAUGCUGUUCCUCGCCUGGCCAGCCUGGACUCCGCUGCUGGCAAAAGCCGUCUCUACGCCGCUCGGAUGGGCCGCUCCGCGAGGACUCUGUCUUUCAACUUGGAGUCAAUCGACCUGGACCCAGCUGCAACGAACCAGAAGGACUUCUUGGCUCCCCGUCCUCCAACCCCAGCCCCUUCCUCUGGCAACAGCUUCGUCAGCUGGUUCUCUCGGAUCGGACUCUUGCUCUCUGCGCUCAAUUGCUGCGCGCCUCGCGGGGAGGCGACCUCCAAUGCAGGGACGCCACCCACACCUGUUGGUGCUGAGAUACUGGGGUCUGCUGCCUCCGGUAACUCCGGUGCCUCCAACAUCUCUGCAGGCUCAUCCUCGUCUUCAUCCUCGGUGUGUGAACGCGCGCCACCCAAGAACUGCUUCCGUCUCUUGUUGCAGGGAAGUCCCUGCACUGGGAAGUCAACCAUGGCGCGCAGGUUCUUGAACCACGAUUUGCCGAUGUUCUACUCACCCACCAUUGAGCAGUACUACUCCAUGGUGUUCCGAGUCGAGAAGGAGAGGUUCGAGUUGGACAUAGUGGACAAGUCCGGGUACAACCCCUUCCCGGAGGCGCAUCGCUUGUCGAACAUCACUGGUGCGUGA